GUCACUUGGAUAUACGAGCCGAAGGAUGGAGAGAGGAUGAACAUAGCUGUGUUCCACCCCAGCUAUGGCCCCAACUAUCCUGAGUCCCAGAUGAAGGGCAGAGUCACCUUCAAGCCCAGUCAGCCAGAGCUGUCCAGCCCUUCCAUCGAGAUCAGUGACGUCAGGAUGACGGACGAGGGUCGGUACGUCUGCGAAUACGCAACGUAUCCCGACGGCAACGAGCAGGGCAUCACUCAGCUGGUCAUGUUGGCCAAGCCCGUGAACUCUGCCACCACCGUAGCAGAGGUGGCUGGCACCAAGCCGGUCGUGGUGGCCCGCUGCGUGUCCAGAGAUGGCCGCCCGGCGGCAAAGAUCCGAUGGGUGACCACAGCCAAAGGCAACUGGACAGAAACGUCUAAGACGGGCGCCGACAACACGGUGACGGUGACGAGCGAGUACCGCCUGGCGCCGACGCCCACGGACAACGCGAAGGACCUCACCUGUCUGGUGAACCACAGGACCCAGCUCAAAGACGAGAGCCUCCCGCUGAAGCUAGCCAUUCGGUACCCCCCUAUGGUGGAAAUUGAGGGAUAUGACAACAAUUGGUACUUGGGCCGUACGAACGUGGGGCUCCUCUGCAAGGCUAACGCAAACCCCGUUCCUCACACUGUGCAAUGGACAACAAUGACAGGACAGUUGCCAGAUACCGUGCUGCCCAAUGAGAAAGAGCUCAAGGUGCUGAAAGUGGACAAUUCUGUCAACACCACCUUUGUGUGCGAGGUCAAGAACAGCAUCGGGACCACCAGGGAACAGAUCACGAUCCACGUCAGAGCUACUCGCCUCCCGCAGAAGGGUGCCACCACGGGCAGCAUCAUCGGCGCCAUCAUCGGGGUCGUUCUGGUCAUGGCCGCCAUCGGAACAGGCAUAGCCAUGUACCGCAAACGCAAAAACAAACUCAAUUCAGACGGUCCUCCCAAGUACAAGCCCCCUCCUCCCAAGAAGACCAGCAGCUCUAAAAAGAGGUCACAGCCGUUGAUCCCGGGUAAUGUCCCAGUGACCCAGGAUGCACCUCUGCAGAGUCAGUAUUACUCCACCCAAGCCCCAGAGCCCGUCACGGACCUCGAUGGCUACCAGGAGGAUGCCGUCGAUGACGAGCUUGAAGCCCACGAUGGAGAGGUUUACUUCUCUUCUGCCCCCUCAGGUUGGAAUGACCCCAAGAACAACGACGUCCCACCUCCUUACAUGCUCACAAACAGUGACCUUCAGGACAAUAACGGGAGCCUUCCUGUCAGCCGCGGAGACAGCUUCAUAUCAUCCGCCAUGAUCGUCUGAGGGUCGUCGAACCAAAUGGAUGUGUGUGUGUGUGUGUGUGUGUGUGUGUGUGUGUGACUGGGUGCAUUCCUGUUUAAAAAGGACACAAUCUCACUCUUUCCUAGAGUAAUAACUUUGUGAAUGUGAAUAUUUUCUGCCAUAUUGCCAGUAGUCUUUAUUGUGAGAUGACAACGUUCAGACAUGUCGCUUUUAUGAUGUUGAGCCAGAUGCAAACUGUUGCUGUGCACCACUGCACAAGAAUGUAAAGUAGCUGGAUGUUUAAAAUCCCAGCAUUCUAUACAGUUACAAAACGUGUCCAUGUGAUGAACACUGAUAAUGUCGGCCUGUUUAUACAGAAUAUUAAAUACUCCUACCUGCUGUGGUUAUAGAUGUAACUUGGUUAGGGGAAGACCAAUAAAUCCUGGUAGCUGCAUCUGUUGGUUUUCUAGCCCAGCUGGCAUGAAGUCGGUGUGAAACAGGCGCCCUGCAGUGAAGCCAUUAGCUGCAGUUAAUCAGGCAGCGCCGAGACGAGAGCCACAGACCGUGACGACAUUAGGUUUUUAAACUGCUGUCUUAUCAUGUUUUAGCACAUAUUCCUGCAGCUUUUUCUGUUUCCUAUUAGACUUUUUGAUGAAGACUGGGCGCACAGCCCGAGAGCCAUAUUUUUGUAUUUGAGCAGCAGACGUUUUGCAUCCUUCUGUCCGUCCUUAAAGCCACAAAAUGAAGGACACGGUUGCUAAAUACGUCGCCAUGUCUGAACAUUGAAAAACUUUGUACCUGUUUUUUUUUUUAUUAUCAUUAUUAUUAUUAUUUACUUUGUGAGGCAGUGUGUUCAGUUGGAUUAGGAUAAAUCUGGAUUAUAACCAUGAAUCUGUUGCAAUGAAUCUCGUCUGGAGGAUUAGGGGUUUAAGAGGUCAAAAUGGCGUUGACACGGAGACCACUAAGAGUAGUAGUGGUUGAAAUAUUUAAAUUAUCCUCCUUUAUGAUUUUAGAGGGUUUUCUUUGUGCUGGUGCCAUGAGGGUGUUUCAUAUCUUAUUUAAUCUAUAAACUGGUGAUUUAUGCUGGAAAACUUCAGGUUUUAAUCAUCUCACACGUAAAUUAGGUUUUCAAAUUCCUUGUUGAUUCAAUAAACAAAUUUUAAUGUUUCCGAAA